AUGCGUCUCUCCCUAUUUCUGGCGUCGGCACUUACAGCCCUAGUCGCCGCCGACAGCAGCAGCACAACCAAGGGCAUCGUAUACCCCGACUGGAGCAUCACCAUCCCCCGCUACGAAAGCACCGCUGCCAGCGUCGCAGGCAUCAACGCGCUUGCCACAACAUACGAAGUCAAAUGUCUCGACGGCGCAAACACACUCAGCUGCGACAUCAAGACUCCCUGGACCAUCAUCCAGGGCCCCGCGACCGCGAGCUUCACGGGUGUCUACACCGCCGAUGUUACCGGGAAGAAUGGUGUUACCGUGACUCGGGAGUGGAAGUGCGAGUUGAAGUCUUACACCGAGUCUGCUUCGUGCAGUAUGAGUUAUCGGGCUAGUGGUACGGUUGAUGGCACUGGGUAUUCGACUUCCACUUCUUCUUCGAAUAAGAAUAUGCCCACGAAUCAGUUGACGAGUGCGGGAAUUCUGGUUACUGGCGGUAUUGCCUCGUUUACUGCUUCGCAGGCGACUCAGACUCCGUCUGGUGCUGCAGCUGCCCCAGUUAAGGCGAUGGUUACUGCUGCGCCUUUUGGAGUUGCCGCGGUUAUUGCUAUUGCUGGUAUGCUUUAG